AAUUCUUAGGAAUCCUUACGAUAGCGGUAAUACAAUCAAAAGUGAUGAUCUAUUCACCAGCGGUGAUUGUGGAGGUCACACUACUUGAAGUGGAGAAAAUCAAGGCCAUUAUAACUACACAAAUAUUGAGAACCUCAGACGAGUGUCUUCGGUUCGAGCUGCAGACGGCGCUGCAGUACGUGCGCCUGCGUCCGUUCCGAUACACGCUCUGCCGCGCGGUGCCGCUCGACAUCAACCUGCUGUUCACCUCCAUAGCAUUUUGUAUUACUUAUGUCAUUGUAGCUUUGCAGUUACACCAUUUUGCUGAAUAA